AUGCCCCGAGCCAUGGCGUCGAGUUCACCAUCCCCUCCCAACGCGGUUGUGCGUUCUACAAGUAAGCGACGGCAGCCAACCGAGAUUAACUUCGCGGCACUUUCCCCGCCCGCCGGCAGUCUCAGCUCCGAAGGGGACGACGCCACCUCGGUGGACUUCUCGGCGUCCGCAACCGAGGCGGCCCUCGCCCAGUGUGGAAUGGACGCCUUCAACCUGCAGAACCCGACCGCCCCGCCCCUCUCGAGGGGGACCUCUACCGCAUCGUGGACGGCGCGGCACAGGCGAAAGCGGAGCGACUCCAUGUCCUCUCUCGACGUUACGGGCCCUCGAGCACCCGGAAACAAUCAGCAGCAGCAGCAGCAGCAGCAGCAGCAGCAGCAACAGCCUCAAGGGAAGGCCACGAAGCCGCUGCCCCCGUCCAAGCACGGCAGACCGAGGGGGAUCCCUAACGACGUCAGUGGCAGCACCUACCCGUUCGUGAGACAGCAAGCGGCAGGGCAAGGAACGGACGGGGCAUCUGCUCAGCGUGUCAUCAAACCCCACCGCCCCGUAAUGUCGCGGUAUUGCCGGUACACCUUCUACUUGCGGGACGCGCUCGACACCGUCGAGGCCGACGUGGACGGGGUCGGCGCGUGUUGUGGCGUAUGCAGGGCCCCGCCGCAGCUGCCGUGCCUCGCCUGGGUGUUCCCAUGCUGCGCUUACCCCGAGGAGCUGGAACAGGCCCGUCGGGAGUCGAGCUACCUUAUCAUCCGCGACACCUCGGUGGAAUUCAACAACCCGAAGGUGGAUGCGUUGAGUGUGCCGGAGUUGCAUGCUGUUGAUGAUGGCUUUUUUGAUAGGUGGCCGUCGGUGGCCAGGGUCGCGUCGGCCGACAGCACGCACGGGAACGGGCAGUACAGUGGGGCCUGCGGAUGCACCUUCCACGUCCGCGACGACGCCCGCGUGCUGUACUUCGACGACCCUGCCCUGGAGGACAUGACGGCGGUAUUCCCGGGGGGUGGCGGCUGUAGUCGCUUUUGCUGCGGGCGACGGCUGUCCACGGCGGCGAGGCUGAUGGCCGAAGCUCGGCAGCUGCUGUGCGGCGGGCGGGGGCAGGCCGUGCGGGUGCAGAGCCGGGUCUGCUGCGGCGCCUGCGUCCGGGCGAGGGGGCUCCUGGGGCUACCGUGCGUGCCGUCGUGCUGCGUGUGCGCGUGCCGGUCGGCGACGCUGCGGUACGACAUGCCGGCCAAGGUGGUGAACUCUACUAAGUAUCUCACUAUGCCACGUACAAUGCAAUGCUGCCAUGUCGACCGACUCUGCUUGUGCUUCACUCAUUCAAGUUGCGUGCUCGCGGCUCACGUGUGCAUGCUUCACUCUCAGGACGCCGUGACGGCCGCUACAAAGAUUUGGCACGCGCGAAACAGCGCUCUGACCAAGAUGCGAGAGGUAGGCGAGGCCCAAGCGGCCGUGCCGUGCGGCUAG